UCCUGGUUUAGGGCAAGUUUGGGAGAUAACCCCCAAAGGGGCUUCUCUACAAAAGCAGAUUCAAUUGCCCCUCCCCCCUCCAACCGGUUCGGGAGAAAAUAUCUCCUUGGAGAAAAGUGGAAAGAAACCUGUUUAUUAAACAAUAGAAACCAAACAAUAUUAACAAUAAAACUUCUCACUGCUCCAAAGAAAGCAAACUCAGAACAGUCCCCUCCCCAGGUUGCAGCUCGGCUCACUCAGUCUCUGAUCAGUCUCUCUGGUGCUGGAAACGCCGUGGCCCAGGCCCGGCCAGGGGGGCCACAGGUGGAGCUGCCGGUGCUCUUCUGGGUGUUCAGUCCAGAGCAGGCUUGAACAGGUCCAAGAAAAAAGGAAAAAAAUCACAAUGCAGAGAACUUCUUUGCCUCAGCUAGCUAAAACUAACUAAAAGCAAGAAAAAGGGAAAAAAGGAGCUCUGUCCGGCUGUCUGUCCAUCCGCAGACAACACAGUCCAGGAGCAGGAAUGUGGAGGAGUGAGAGCAGUCUGAAAACAAACUGCGCGCUUCUUCCCUCCCCUCCUCACUGUCUGGAAGAGAGUCUUAAAGGUGUAAAACUUAUUAUUCAGUAUAAACAGAACAAGACGAUUGGGGAUAAAAGCAUCAUAUAGUCAACCCAGGACAGCAUGGUACACCCAUUCUCUCCCUUCUCCUUCUAGCUCCUCAUAUGUUCUUUUGUCCUCCAUUUUCUCCAGCGCAAGACCCAGCAGCAGAAGCCAAGAGAAGACCCCAGAGUAUGCAGCUCUGACUGGCUAUCCUCUUGCCAAGAGGUUUUCCCUGGCAAGUCCCUCGAUGCUCCUUCCCUCCAAGCCGUUGCCUCCCAUCCAGAGGAGCUCUCCUUCUGCCACGCCAAGCAAGAUGUGCAGCGGAGAGCAGGAGACUGGGAAUGCUGGCAACGGCUGGGAUGAGGAGAGUAGAAAAAGCCAGGAGCUCAGAGCAGAGGGAAAAGGAAGAGAGACCUCCUUGCUGUGCUCCACUGGCGGGGAAAUGAAGAAGAGACAAUUGGGAAAAUCUUUAAUCCCCCGUCUACGCAAGGCAGGAAUUCCCCCUGUGGGCAGUGCUGCUGGGUCUGUGCACAGCUCUCCAAAGAUGGAAUUGCAGGAGUCCCAGGAGAUGAGCGCAAGACCCAGCAGCAGAAGCCAAGAGAAGACCCCAGAGUAUGCAGGCCUCUCACUGAGUCAGGCCAAGGAGACAGAUCAUCCCAGCAGUCCUGGUCUUAGGAGUGACAAGGAGCGGAGGGACAUCUUUGGAAAGACCCGCGCUGAAUUGUGCAGGUUGGCUAAAGAGAACUUAGAGCAGAAGAAAAUGGAGAUUUUGAUGGAAGAGAUGAAGAGGAGACAAAAUGAGAAAUCAUUGCAGCUUCCUCCAGAGACAUUUGAGCCUGGAGAUGCAGCUGAAGCAAGCUCCUCUUUGGUGCCUGCAGGCUUCAGCCUACCACCUAUCAAUGGCACAGCUCCCAGUGUACAGAGAAAAGACCCUGGUAGCGCCAUGAAGAAAACGGUCGUGAGAAAGCAGGACACGGUGCCCUUACAGCCCAGUACGCCCACCCUCCAUGGAGAUGGCAGCUUCCCACGCAGCUCCUCGGGUAAGCCUGCUCCAUGGCAGCAUUUUCCUGCAGGGGUUUGUCCUUGCAAAAGGAGCACAAACUGCCUCCUGCCUCAGCCAGCACAGCCGGGAUCUUGGGUUCAUAGUGUGUCCUGAGAAUGAACAGCAAAUCUACUUUGGAGUUACUCCAGCUUGGUAGUCUAGAAUAUUUGAAGUCAAUGGAAACAGAGGCACUGUCAGGUGU